AUGUCGGCGGUUUUCAGACAGAGUCUUGGGUUGCUUCGAUCAGCGCCAGCACGUGGGUCGUUGCUCUGCAACCCGACGCGUGCAUGCUUCACUCCAACCUAUACAUCCCUCACACGGCUUCUAUCCACGGAGGCGCGCGCCAAGAUCGACUCGGCGGUGAAAUCCAACCCGCUGGUCAUCUUCAUGAAGGGAACACCCGACAUGCCCAUGUGUGGCUUCAGCCGCGCCGUCAUCCAAGUGAUGCAGGUUCAAGGCGUAAAACCCGAGCUGCUCAAAACUUUCAACUGUCUCGAAGACCAGGAACUGCGUGAAGGCAUCAAAGAGUACUCGGACUGGCCCACCAUCCCACAAGUUUACGUCGAUGGCGAAUUCGUCGGCGGCUGCGACAUCGUGAUCAACAUGCACCAGAGCGGAGAGUUGGAAGAUCUCUUAGAGAAGAACGGCCUUUUACUGCCUCUGAAUGAGGAGGCUGCAAAAGCGCAGGCUUGA